GCACGCUCCUAAAUCUGCCUCCCUCGGUGAUGGGUGUCUACGUCAUCGCGGUCGGGGCGCAGGUUCCCGACACGCUGCAAGCGGUCGCGGUGGCGCGGCGCGGGCUCGGCUCGAUGGCGGUGGCCAGCGCCGUCGGCUCGCAAGUCAUCAACGUCCUCGUCGGGCUCGGCCUGCCGUGGCUCCUCUCCAGCAGCGCUGGCCGUGAGGUCGCCAUCAAAGGCCGUUCCGAGCUCAUCGACGCUAUCUGGCUCAUGUACGCAGCGGUGCUCGCCUACCUCGCCGUCCUCAUCGCCCCCACCGCCCCGAGUUGGUGCAGCCGCGGCCACGCGCGCCUCGGCCGCGCGCAAGGCAAGCUGCUCAUCGGCUGCUACGCCGGCCUCGUCGCGCUCCACGCCGUCCGCGCCCAGAUGUCCGCCGACUGGUGAGCAGCGGCGGCGUGGGCGAGCGCUGGCUCGGGUUCGGGCGAGGAGGCGCACGCACGCGCACCCUUUUCAGGAUCUUUAGCCCUGGUCUGGACGGUUUUUUUGCGGCAUCUUGAUGUAUCUCUCCAUAUCUGACCGU